UAACUUGACCAGCCGCCGGCUCCUCUGGUGCUUGAGCAGCCUGCUAAUGAUGAAUUGUCAGAGUGACCACAACGCUCCAGUGAGGGUGCUGGUGACAGGAGGGUCCGGCUUAGUGGGGAGGGCCAUACAGCAUGUGGUCAGAGAAGAGGGUGGAGCCAAGGAGGGGGAAGAAUGGAUAUUUCUCUCCUCCAAAGAUGCCAACCUCAUGAAUGUGGACCAGACAAGGGCCAUAUUUGAGAAGCAUCGACCCACGCACGUCAUCCACCUGGCUGCUAUGGUGGGAGGGCUUUUCAAGAACAUGAAGUACAACCUGGACUUUUGGAGGAACAAUAUCUACAUCAAUGAUAAUGUGCUGCAGGCAGCACAUGACGUAGGCGUAGUCAAGGUGGUUUCCUGCCUAUCGACCUGCAUCUUUCCAGAUAAAACAACCUAUCCUAUAGACGAGACCAUGAUCCAUAAUGGUCCACCUCAUGAGUCCAACUUUGGCUAUGCCUAUGCAAAGAGGAUGAUUGAUGUUCAUAACAGAGCUUGUUUCCAGCAGCAUGGGCACUGCUAUACAGCUGUGAUUCCCACUAAUGUGUUUGGUCCUCAUGACAACUUCAGCAUUGAGGAUGGUCAUGUGCUGCCAGGCCUCAUACAUAAAGUGUACAUUGCUCAAAAGGAGGGGAAACCCUUGGUGGUCUGGGGCUCUGGCACUCCUAGAAGGCAGUUCAUUUACUCUUUGGACCUGGCUCGCCUCUUUCUCUGGGUCCUGAGGGAGUAUCCAGAGGUUGAUCCAAUCAUUCUCUCUGUUGGUGAGGAAGAUGAAGUGUCCAUCAAAGAAGCAGCAGAUGCCGUUGUUGAGGCUUUGGGCUUUAAAGGAGAAGUAGUGCAUGACACCAGUAAAGCAGAUGGCCAGUUCAAAAAGACAGCCAGCAAUGCAAAGCUGCGCCGCUACCUGCCAGACUUCACAUUCACACCAUUCAAACAAGCUUUAAAGGAAACCUGUGACUGGUUUGUUGCCAACUACGAUUCAGCACGGAAGUGAAAGUUCUGCUCAACAAGUUGACACCAGUUUGGUCAGACUGUCACCUGAUCUGUCAUCAGAGAAGCUGACAGAAGUGGAAGAAAACAGCUAUCUGCAAAGACAGAAAGCAGCGAAUGAAGUCUGUCAGUUUGACCCUCAGUGAGCACUGUAAAUAUCUCACUCUGACUGCAAGUCUGCAGCACCAUACUGUAUUAGUAAUCAAUGUUGAUGAAGGCCUGUCUCUCUUUCGCUUUAAGGAAUGGUCUGUAGUUGUAGGAAGUGUAUUCUACUACCCAUACGUAGAAUUGGCAGAGCUUUAUUCACUAUGAUAGUGUUAAUCAUUUAAACCCUUAAUUGAUCACUUCAGCAUUGAAAUCCAGGUGUUGGCACGACUUCCAGUUUCAGUGGUCAGCAAGCUGUCUCAAACCUUUUCCAACAGUUUCUAAGCAUGUUCCUGAAUGACCUUCUUUGUUGAAGGAUUUUGGAUUUGGAAGUUUAGACAACUUGGCAAUUCACUUUCAUGAACAGAAAGAAGACUUUUGUUAUGUGCUGGUAGUUGAAAGUUGUUUUGUUUUGUUUUGUUUUGUUUUUUUAAGCAGUACAUUGGCUCUGAGCAAGAUAAAUGUUUUAUACCGGUAA